UAGUGCUUUUAUCCCGUCGUGCCUUUUGUGACUCCGGUCGCGCCGGCCUGGGAGCCAAUAAAAUUUUAUCAACAACAACUCAACAAGACAAGAGAUUCAACAAAAUGAGCGAAUUUAAACCACUAAUUUUAGGGAUAGCUAAUGGACUAAAAGACUCUAUACUUGGUAUGGCUUCCUUGUUUAGGCUCGACAGUACUCUAGAGAAAAUUGAGGAGGAUAAACGCAAGAAAAUGGAGGAUUUUCAAAGCCAAAGACAGCCCUACCGGGGAAUAAGGGAACGUCCGAGAAAGGAAACGACUAAUCCACCUUCAAAGCAAAUUGUGAAGAGCAUGAUUCAAUGCACACUGCUGAAUGGAGGGAUAUUUUGGAUGAGCAUAUUUUUGUUUGAGAAUUACAUCAUACCAACUCUGCAGUUCCUCACAGAAGCAAUUUUUAAACUAGUGUCCGGUGACUCAACACAACAUAGUUCCAUCUGGUUCUGGAUGGGCCCUGCUUUAUCGUGUGUAUUUGGUGCAUUAUGGGUAUUGCCACUGUUUUGGCUCAGCAAGCCACUUAACUCCCUUUGGUUUCAGGAAAUCGCUGACACAGCAUAUAGAAAACGUAGAGGAAGACCUUUAGGAUUCACUAAUAUAGCAAGAGGGGAGAGUGUAACAAGUUAUAUAAGCAGAAGUAUUGCAGACUUCUCUUUCAGCAUAUUACUACAGGCUUUCUUCCUUAUGCAGGGAUUAUUAGUUAGCUUUCUCCCCAUCUUUGGCUCGGUAGCAAGUCUAGUUCACAUGUGUCUACUGUAUUCUCUAUAUGUGUUUGAAUACAAGUGGAUCAACAUGGAUUGGUCAGCCCCUAAGCGUCUAGCAUAUAUAGAAUCGAACUGGCCAUACUUCAUAGGCUUUGGACUGCCAUUGGCUGUGUUAACAUCAUUGCCAUCAUCUUUUGUAGUCAGUGGUUGUGUCUUUGCCAUCUUCUUUCCACUCUUCAUCAUUAGUGGUAACGAGUCCAAUGUGGUUGAAACAAACCAGUUUCCCAUUCGGAUUUUUGCUGUUGUGGUCUGGUUGACAAACAAGAUCUUCCACCGCUCCACAGCUAGGAAGCAGACUGGGCAGCGUGACCCGUCUGCAACCCAGCCUUCAUCUUGACGAGCAGCGGGUUACCCACCCUUCCCCAGCCUUCAUCUUGACGAGCAGCGGAUUACCCACCCUUCCCCAGCCUUCAUCUUGACGAGCAGCGGGUUACCCACCCUUCCCCAGCCUUCAUCUUGACGAGCAGCGGGUUACCCACCCUUCCCCAGCCUUUGACAUUGUAGACAGCAAUGCGCAAUCCCUUAAAGAACAAUCAAGCAAUUCAAUUUCUUAUAGCUCUAUUGAGGGCUUCUGGAAUUACGCGG